AUGGCUCCGUUUCCAUCUCCACUCGAACGCUUUGUUGCUUCGGCUUUGCUCGUCCUGGCCACCACCCCUCCGAAGCUCUGUUUGGACGACGAUCGCGAGUUGGUGAGGGAGCGAAGCAAGAUCGAGAAUUGCAGAGAGAGCUCGGUUUCUGGGGAUUCCAAUAAGUCGUUCUCGUCGUUGAUCACCACAUGCGAGGUUUCUACGGAGGAGAUUCGAGCUCGUAAGAUCAGAAUCGUGGCGCUUGCUGCUCUUCGUCGUGGGAUGAAGCUCAAGAGUGUGCGGAGAAGUCGCUCCAAGACGCAAACAAGCUGGAAGACCGUCUCUGGAUCGUCGGCGACGGCGUCGUUCCGAUCUGAGACCACCGCGGAGUCUUCGUGCGUGUCCACCAGCUCCAGUGCGGCUUCAAGCGCGCGAAGCCAAAGCCGAAGCCGACACGCGUCAUGGGCCUGGAAUUAUCGUGGUGCCAGUAAGCUUUCAAUGGUGAGGGAGGAGCCGAGGAAGAGGAAGCGGCUGAGCUUCUCGACUCACAUGCGCCGCAAAGCCGAAGCAAUUCUGAAGCUCUUGUCCGGUGGCUGCUGCUUCUCUGAAGUUAAGAUUCGUCAGACCAUCGGUGACAGUCCUGACACUAGCAAAGCACUCAGAAUUUUUUCUCUUCGUCGUGGUGUGCGGAGAAGUCGCUCCAAGACGCAAACAAGCUGGAAGACCGUCUCUGGAUCGUCGGGGACGGCGUCGUUCCGAUCUGAGACCACCGCGGAGUCUUCGUGCGUGUCCACCAGCUCCAGUGCGGCUUCAAGCGCGCGAAGCCAAAGCCGAAGCCGACUCGCGUCAUGGGCCUGGAAUUAUCGUGGUGCCAGUAAGCUUUCAAUGGUGAGGGAGGAGCCGAGGAAGAGGAAGCGGCUGAGCUUCUCGACUCACAUGCGCCGCAAAGCCGAAGCAAUUCUGAAGCUCUUGUCCGGUGGGUGCUGCUUCUCUGAAGUUAAGAUUCGUCAGACCAUCGGUGACAGUCCUGACACUAGCAAAGCACUCAGAAUGUUGUUGAAGCUUGAGAAGGUCAAAAGGUCAGGCAUUGGAGGCCGUUACAACCCUUAUAUUUACACGAUAGCGUGAGAAGAGGUAAGCUAAAGGGAACCCGAUUAAGCAUGGCAUGGGUCAUCUUUACGACCCGUUUUAGCUAUCUUGGAUCCACUCCCUUGGUUGGGUUGGGGAA